AUGUGCUCCUCCUCCGGGCUUCCGCUUCUUCGCAGGUUCGCAAUUCGCUUCACCGGUCCCGCCUUCUCUGGGGCCCCGGCGUCAUUCCCUGCCCUGAUGGUCACGAAAGCCGUUGUGGAUUUGGCAGACGAGGGGCCGCGCGGGCAGAGUCCCGACAAGAUUGCAGUCGCCAAAUUCCCUGUCUCCCCCAGCUAUUAA